ACACAAAUCGCAUUUUAAUCAUGGAAUAAUCUUAAAUGCGGUGCGGACGGUUCAGUACAGCGGUUGAGACGGCAAACAGAUAUUCAUCAUGACAGAUAGUAUUUUGAGCAAAGCUGCCACUAUGGAAAUCCCCAUCAGCAGUAAUGGGGACAGCAGGAUGGCGGAGGAUGACAGUCUUGAGCAGGGAGCACAGAUUGGUGGGAGCUUAGAUGAAAUUGUAGGCACACUGCCAGUGACCAUGGACUUGCAACAGGUGAUGGUGUCUGGACCAAACCUGAAUGAAACCAGCAUUGUGUCUGGAGGCUACGGAGGUGCAGCAGAGGGCAUCAUACCCACCAGUUCCAUCAAAGGACCAGCUAUACGUUUCAACCCGGAGUAUUUUGACAGAAGAUGUGGCAACGCGCCCAAACCAGACAUCCGCUCCAAAUCCAGGGGCAUCACUCCCAGCCAUUCAGCCGCCAGUCGGAUAGCAAACCAGCCAGGACAUUACCCAGCUCCCAGCAUGCACCACAGCAACAGCAACCCAUCCAUGAUGUCAGAGGAGGCCACAAAAGGAGUAGCUGUAGAGAAACUUGACAGCAUGAAAAAGUGGAGCAUUAACACGUACAAGUGCACAAAACAGAUGUUUUCGGAACACUUCGGUCGUGGAACAAAGACUGUGGACAUGGAGCUUGAGGCUCAGAUUGAUGUGCUAAGAGAGACUAAGAUGAAGUACGAGCAUAUUCUGAGACUAGCACGUGAGCUCACCAACCACUUCUACAACAUGGUGCAGACUCAGCAGGCUCUUGGAGACACCUUUGCUGAUCUUAGCCAGAAAUCACCAGAAUUGCAGGAUGAGUUUGGCUAUAAUGCAGAGACGCAAAGACUGCUAUGCAAGAAUGGAGAGACGCUCCUGGGUGCCAUCAAUUUCUUUGUGUCCAGCAUUAAUACAUUAGUCAACAAAACCAUGGAGGACACACUCAUGACCAUCAAUAUAUAUGAGAAUGCAAGCGUAUCACUAGAAUUUGGAAACCAGCACCAGCUGGAACAGACUCUCAGACAGUUCAAUGUGAAAUUGAAGCCACCGGGUUCUGACAAGCCAUCGUGGCUUGAGGAACAGUGA